AUGAUUGAUUACAAAGUGACAAAAAACACAAUUGGCGCUGAUCGUUUUGAUUGUACUCAUAUCAAACAUAGUGUUCAACAAGCUGGUGUUUGUAUCCUCCCGCUACCUGAGGCUGUUGCCUAUUGCAAUGUUGAUGCCACGUGUGGUGGCUUUGGUCUCACAACCAACGAGAAUUACCACCAUGCUUUUGAUCUAGCCGACCGAAUGCCAGCUGCCGAACUUUUCAAAGGCACGAAAACUGUGACAAAUGUGGGGUGGGUAUUAUACGUCAAACAAUAA